AUGAAACUUUCAGUGACAACCUUAACUGGUUUAACCAGUUUGUUUUUAUUCGUCUCUGAUGCAUUCGUCCUUCCAACACUCUUUGAACAAACAUUUUCUACAUUGAAUGAUGAAAGUGGUAUCUUGGAAGAUUAUUGCACUGAUGAAGAAUUGUUAGCAUCCUUCACAGACUAUGUUUCGGAAUUUUCAUUUAAACCACAUCUACCUUAUUUUUUAAAGCCAAUGGUUGACUCAGAAAAAUUGCAGAAUUCAAUCAAAUUUGAUGACUUAAACUCUACUGUUUAUGAUCUAUAUAAUAUUGCCAAAGAAUCUGAAAAGAAAUAUGGUCAUCCAACCCGUAUCAUCGGAUCAAAGGGCCAUUGGAAGACAAUCAAAUAUAUUCUCGACCAAUUUAGUGAAAUGAAGGACUAUUACGAAGUCUCUUUACAAACCUUCGAUGCAUUGAGUGGGAAGAUCACUGCAUUUAAUCUAACUGAUUUCAAAACAAACAAACCAAUUGAAAAUAUCACCGCUUUUUCUUUAUCUCCACCAGUGAAACCUUUUAUCGGGAAGCUUAUAGAAAUCCCUAAUUUGGGUUGUUCCGAUGCUGAUUUUGAGGCAGUUAAAUCCUUCGAUGCAUUUGCCAGCUAUCAUGGUGAUAAAAUUGCUUUGAUUGAAAGAGGUGUCUGUCCAUUUGGCCUUAAAAGUGAAUUAGCAGGCAAACAUGGUUUUAAAGGGGUUGUUAUUUAUGAUAAUGAACCAGAAAAUUUUGAUGGGUUACAUGGUACACUAGGUGAACCAACAGAACAUACUGUCUCUACCAUUGGUGUUUCAUAUGAAGUUGGCCAAAGUUUGAUUGACAGUAUUAUGUUAGAUCCAGAUUAUUUACUAUAUUUCGCUAUGGAUUCCUUUGUUAAAAAAAUUAAGACUAAGAAUAUUAUUGCUGAUACAAAGCAUGGUGAUCCAAAUAAUAUUGUGGCGCUGGGUGCUCAUACUGAUUCUGUUGAAGAAGGUCCUGGUAUUAAUGACGAUGGUUCAGGCACCAUUUCAUUAUUAACUGUAGCUAAGCAAUUGACCCAUUAUAAAAUCAAGAAUAAAGUUCGUUUUGCAUGGUGGUCUGCUGAAGAAGAAGGUUUAUUGGGUUCUAAUUUCUAUGCCUAUAAUUUGACACAAGAAGAAAACUCCAAGAUUAGAGUCUUUAUGGAUUACGAUAUGAUGGCAUCACCCAAUUAUGAAUAUGAAAUUUAUGACGCAAACAAUAUUGACCAUCCGAAGGGUUCUGAAGAACUAAAAAAUCUAUAUAUCGAUUAUUACAAAUCAAAAGAUUUGAAUUAUACAUUAGUGCCAUUUGAUGGUAGAUCAGAUUACGUUGGUUUUAUUGAAAACGGUAUACCUGCUGGUGGUAUCGCUGCAGGUGCAGAAAAGAAUAAUCUGUUCAAUGGUGGUGUGUUAGAUAAAUGUUAUCAUUUGUUAUGUGAUGAUAUGAAUAAUCUAUCAUGGGAUGCUUUUAUGGUGAAUACCAAAUUAAUUGCACAUUCUGUUGCCACAUUUGCUAGAUCUUUUGACGGUUUCCCUGAGAGACAGAAUGUCAAUGGUACUUCUAUGGGCAUCACAACGGCGACAACUACUAUUACUACAAAGGGAAAUAGAUAUGGUAUGGCUGAACCAUUAUUUAAAUAUAGAGCUGACAAGCUGAUUGUUUAA